UCAGUGACGACUGACGACACAAGGAACUGUCGUCCAGCCCACGCCGGGAGGCACGGUUGAGAGCCACACACACCGAGACGUCACGCGCGGAUGGCCGCCGCCGCGACGGGGGAGACCCGCGGCUGCGGCUGCCACAUUGUGGCAGUGCCGUUCCCGGGCCGCGGCCACGUCAACGCCAUGAUGAACCUGAGCCGCCUCCUCGCCGCCCGGGGCGCGGCGGUCACCUUCGUCGUCACCGAGGAGUGGCUGGGCCUCAUCCGCUCCUCCUCCACCCACGCCGAGGCGGCCGGCAUCCGCAUCCGCACCAUCCCCAACGUCAUCCCUUCCGAGCACGGCCGCGCCGCCAACCACUCGGGCUUCCUCGACGCCGUCGCCACAGAGAUGGAGGCGCCCUUCGAGCGCCUCCUCGACGGGCUCGAGGGCCCGCCGCCCGCGGCGCUCGUGGCGGACGCCUACGUUCCCUGGGUCGUCGGCGUCGGUAACCGGAGGGGUGUCCCCGUCUGGUCGCUCUUCCCCAUGUCCGCCGCCUUUUUCUCCGCCUACUACCACUUCGACCGCCUCCCGGCCUGGCUUACCGACUAUGAGCACGCGCCGGACUCCGGUGAGACGAUAGGUAACUCUGAUCAGAGACUUGGACACUAUAUCGCUCGACACGCUUCAAGUUCAAUAAGGUUGUCAGAUCUUGAGCCCUUAAUUCACGACAAGAGAAAAGUGAAGCAUAUCCUAGCAACCAUCUCUAGCGUUAGAAAUGCUCAGUCUCUCCUUUUCACCACCAUGUAUGAGCUUGAGGCCAGUGUCAUUGAUUCGCUAAGGUCAGUACUCUCUUGUCCAGUGUACCCAAUCGGCCCCUGCGUUCCCUACAUGACGCUUGAAGACCAGCAUACCAUGUCCAAUGGCGAAGUUGCCGGCCAAAGAGACUAUUUCACCUGGUUGGAUUCUCAACCUGUGAACUCAGUUUUAUAUGUCUCCCUUGGCAGCUUUGUCUCAGUCUCAGCCUCUCAGCUUGAAGAGAUCGCAUUGGGCCUAGUAGCCAGUCAGGUCAAGUUCUUCUGGAUUCUUCGUGAACAAUCCCCUCGGGUGCAAGAACUCUUGGCUGGCAUCAAUAAUGGGAUGAUACUGCCAUGGUGUGAGCAGCUUAAGGUUUUGUGCCAUCAUUCAGUUGGGGGCUUCUUGACCCAUUGCGGUAUGAACUCGACACUUGAAGCCGUCUUUGCUGGUGUGCCUAUGCUUGCCUUACCACUGUUUUUUGAUCAACCGAUUGAUGGACGAUUAAUUGUGGAAGAGUGGAAGGUUGGCCUGAACUUUAGGGAUUGGGCUAGCAAGGAUGAUCUGAUCGGGCGAGAGGAUAUUGCACGGGCUGUGAAGAAGCUGAUGUCUUCUGAUGAAACUGAGACGAAGGCUCUGAGGGAACGUGCUCUUGAGUUGAAGGAGGCUUCUCGCAGAGCAGUAGACAAGGGUGGAUCUUCAUACUGCAAUCUGAGUUCAUUGAUGGAGACGGUAUGCACUCCAAAAUAAUUGGAAUUGUAUUUGGUAUACGCUGAAACCGAUCUUGUCACUGUGGUGGUGUUGUAACCUGUAACCUCAAUGCUUCAAAUAUCAAUUGCCUAGUGUUUUCUUCUCCUUA